ACAACUGUCAUUUGUCAAAUUGGUCUAUGACAGGUCAUAGUCCAACUUUUACCAAAGUUCCGCUAGUUUUUAAUUAAUUGGCUAGUAAUUAAGAUAAGUUUAAUUAAAAGGAAAUUGCUUCACAUUUAAAUUAUAAAUAUCGCACACCACAAUGGCAUCUCAAAUAGCGAAAACGUUCUUAAAAUCACGCCCUUCUACAACAGUAAAGUUUGAUAUUGCCCGUCGAGCCCUCAGUGUGAGUGCAGCUCUCCAACAAAAGAAAACUCUGAAGGAUAAGACAGGCAAAAAUGUAGUUCUCGUAGAUGGAGUCCGCACUCCAUUCCUUGUCUCCUUCACCGACUAUUCCAAGAUGAUGCCACACGAACUAGCCAGACAUUCUCUUCUGGGUCUUCUCCAAAAGACCGGCAUACCGAAAGAAGUAGUCGACUAUAUUGUAUAUGGUACGGUUAUACAAGAGGUGAAGACGUCGAACAUUGCGCGAGAGGCGGCGCUCGCGGCCGGGUUCAGUGACCGCACGCCAGCUCAUACCGUCACCAUGGCUUGUAUAUCUUCGAACCAGGCGAUCACCACGGGUGUCGGUAUGAUAGCGGCUGGUGCCUACGACGUGAUAGUAUGCGGUGGUGUGGAGUUCAUGUCGGACGUGCCGAUCCGACACUCGCGCAAGAUGCGAGCUUUCCUCCUGAAACUGAACAGAGCGAAGACACCGGCGCAGAGGCUGUCCUUGUUGGCUACCAUACGACCAGACUUUUUUGCACCAGAGCUACCCGCCGUGGCGGAGUUCUCGUCGGGCGAGACGAUGGGGCACAGCGCCGACCGGCUGGCGGCCGCGUUCGGCGCGACGCGCGCCGAGCAGGACGAGUACGCGCUGCGCUCGCACACGCUCGCCAAGGACGCGCAGGAUAAGGGCUACUUCACCGAUCUGAUACCCGUUAAGGUGGAAGGCAAAGAUGGUGCAGUGGAAAAGGACAAUGGCAUCCGUGUCUCCACACCGGAGCAGCUGGCUAAGCUGAAGCCAGCGUUCGUGAAGCCACAUGGCACGGUCACCGCUGCUAACUCGUCGUUCUUGACGGACGGCGCGUCCGCUUGUCUCAUCAUGUCGGAGGCGAAGGCGAAGGAGCUGGGGCUCAAACCGAAGGCCUAUGUCAGGGACUUCACGUAUGUCGCUCAGGAUCCCGUAGACCAGCUGCUGCUGGGUCCCGCGUACGGCAUCCCCACGAUUCUGGAGAAGGCCGGCCUGCAGCUCAGCGACAUUGACACCUGGGAGAUCCACGAGGCUUUCGCUGGUCAAAUCUUGGCUAAUCUUAAGGCGAUGGAUUCAGACUGGUUCGCACAAAACUAUCUCGGCAGGAAGUCUAAAGUUGGAGUGCCGGAUCUGAACAAGUGGAACAAGUGGGGCGGCUCGCUCUCCAUCGGACAUCCCUUCGCCGCCACUGGAGUAAGGCUGGCGAUGCACACGGCGCACAGAUUGGUGAGGGAGGACGGCCAGAUCGGCCUCAUCUCGGCGUGCGCGGCCGGCGGCCAGGGCGUCGCCAUGUUGCUCGAGAGACACCCUGAUGCACACACUAACUAAAUGCACGCGGGCACACGCGGCGUUUUCACGCGGCGUUUAAACGCGGCGUUCACCCGAGGUGGUUGAACGCAGUGGGCGCAAGCGGCGUUCAUACGCGGCGGCUGAAUGCGGCGUUUAAACGUGACGUUUUUUUCGGAUUAAAGUUAGGACAGUUGAUUUUUAGGAAAGUAAAUUAUACUUGUUUUGUAAGAAAAAGCUGAUUAUGGAAGAUAUUACAGCUUUUAAAUUUGAAAAUUGUUCAAUUAUAGGGCCAAUCAAUGUAAAUGUAUCAUUAUUUAUUUUUGUCUUCAAUACGAAACCUAAUUCUUUUCAUUUAUGUCAUUAGCAGUAAAGCCCUUGCUUUAUGUCACCGCGAAAUUGUGAACACCGUUAGAUUAAUAAUGAACUAUCCCGCGAAAUUGUAAUCCGUCGAGAAAUUUGCAUCUGUAUAAUUCUGCUUACAAUUUUACGCAUUCUUUUUCAGUACAUUUAAAUCUAAAUUCUAAUGAAAAAUAAUGUGUUUUAGCAAGCUAAUUUUACGCAUCACAAUUUUCCGACAGUUUGCUGUGGUGCGAGUCGCAUUAUAUUCUAACGGUUUUUAUGAUCUUACGGCGACACUUUCAAUAAUGUUCAUCGAAUAUAAAAAAACUCUAGCUGUUUUUCGCUCAACUUAAGUUAUAUAAAUUAAUCGGAAUUUUAAAUUUAUUUAACUCUAUCCACACUCUUCAUUCAAGAUUGUUUGAAACAUAGCAAGUUUUCUUUUUCGACUUUACACUGAGUGUCAUUUUGAAAAAAAUUGUCACAACUUGCUCUGAAUUGUCAUUAGAUUUCGGUCACAAUGUAUAUAUUAUAAAAAUUUUGUGUGACUAUUGUACUGUCUCAAAAACACUAAUUUCGUCAUAAUGUGCACACAUUUUCAUUAAUUUCGAUCAUUAUUAUUUAUAAAUUAGGCACUUACUAAUUUUCUUGCAUCUCGUUAUAUUUCUGAAUACUAUAAUUCCAUAUGGUGUACUAAAAUUCUAAGUAUUUGUGUAUCUUGCUUUGUACUAUUUCAUUUUCUAGAUCUUUCAUAGUCUAAGAAACAAGGAAAUUAAAUGAUAAAAAUAAAAGUGCAUAGAUAUUGUUAUAAACAUUAACACAAGUUUAAUAAGUAGAUAUUUAAUUAAUGUUACAAUUUACAACUGAAUUUUGUCCAUUUGAUACAUGUGUAAAGACUUCUACUAUGAUGAUAGGUUAUAAGAGUAAUGCAUGUAUUUUUGAUGGUUAUAUAUUUAUAAAAAUAAAUAAUAUUUAUAAGA